AUGUCAGAAGAAGACAAGGAAGAUGUAGCUAAACAAUACUCUGAUCAUUUGGAACUUGCUAUGAAACAGAGGCUUCUAAUCAUCCAUGCCAAGCCACCGGCCAGCAUAGCACAAUACCUGCAGGAGAUAGGCCGGACAGGUAAAAGGGGUCAACAGAGCCAUGCCAUCCUUUACUACAAUAAGAGAGGUUUGGCUGCAAAUACUCCUGGUACACAGCAAGACAUAACUACUGCUUCAUCUAGUCAAUAUCAUAGUGAUGAUUCUGACACUGACCCCAACAAUAAUGUCAGGAAAGAAACUGACCAAGAUGCUUUUCACUCCUUGCAAUCAGCAUUGGAGUUUCAUGACUUUAUCCAGCCUGAACCUGCAAUGUCGGAACAAAGCAAGUUGGCCAAGGCAGAGGAGCAUAUCGCGUUCCUAGAGAACAACUUUAAGCCAGUGAAGGUAGAACCAGUAGAGCCAGAGGAGAUAGAACCAAUUAAACCAGUGGAGGUAGAACCAAUGAAGCCAGUGGAGGUAGAACCAAAAGAUCCAGUGGAGGUAGAACCUAUGAAGCCAGUGGAGGAAGAACCUAUGGAGCGAGUGGAGGUCGAACCAAUAGAACUAGUGGAGGUAGAACCAAUAGAGCCAGUGGAGGAAGAACCUAUGGAGCGAGUGGAGGUCGAACCAAUAGAACUGGUGGAGGUAGAACCAAUAGAGCCAGUGGAGGUAAAACCUAUGGAGCCAGUGGAGGUAGAACCAAUGAAACCAGUGGAGGUAGAACCAAUGAAACCAGUGGAGGUAGAACAAAUAAAGCCAGGGGAAGUAAAACCUAUGGAGCCAGGGGAAGUAAAACCUAUGGAGCCAGUGGAGGAAGAACCUAUGGAGCAAGUGGAAGUAGAACCGAUCGAGCCAGUGGAGGAAGAACCCAUGGAGCGAGUGGAGGUAGAACCCAUGGAGCGAGUGGAGGUAGAACCCAUGUAG